GCCCCGAAAGAGGAUCCGAAAUCACAUACGCGUCGUUCUAGAAUUUUCGAUUCCCCUCCAAAACCAAAACCCUCGCUCCGAUUGGCAGCAACUCAGUCAAUUUCCAAUUCCCGCCGCUGCUUUCGCCGUCGUGUUUCCAAAGCUUCACAGCAUUCAGGCGCGGUUGCAGAUAGCUUAGACCGAAAGUUGCGCUUGAUUGUUUGCUUGAUCGAAUGGCUGAAGAAGAAGGAGAACAGCCGGGGAUUGAGCAGCGGAUAGAGUGCGCCAUCACCUCUCGAAUUCAGCAUUUCAAAGAACAAGCCGAUUCAUUGACGUUGGAAUCCGUUCGGAGACUGCUGGAGAAGGAUUUAGCCCUCGAAAAAUUUGCGCUGGAUGCCCACAAGCGAUUCAUUCGGCAAUACUUGGAAAAGAAAAUGGAUAGCACUGGUGAUUAUACCCCUAAAACAGAUUCUGAAAAUGUGGAGAAAGACAUGCAUUUAAAUAAAGAAGAAGCAGCAACAUCUCCCAAGCAGCAUGAAACGAAGCCCAAUAUGAAAAAAUCUAGCUCAGGAGAUGAAGAAACGAUGGAAGACUCCCCUAUAUUGGGUGUCUUAACACCAAAAUCUGAAACUGAUGGCAAAGGAUCUUCUGUUACUGAGAGCAGCGUUAAAAAAGCAAUCUGGGAUAGAGCUGAUCAUUUUCUAUCUAAUUCUGAAAAUAUUACUUUGGGUGGAGUCCGCCGACUUCUAGAGGAGGAUCUUGGACUUGCUAAAGGCUCUCUUGACCCCUUUAAAAAGUUUAUUAGUCAAGAAAUAGAUCAGGUGUUAAAUCCACACCAAGAGGCUAAAUCCGCCAAGGAAAUCAAGAAGAAGAAAUCUCAGAAUUUAAAGCGCGAUGAAUCUAAAGAGAGCAGCAGAGAUGCAUCUGACUCUUCAGCCAGUGAAAGUGAUGGGAUGGAAGAUAAAGUAAAACCAAGAAAGGCGGCUACCUCUAAAAGGAGUGUAAAAAGAGUGGAACCGACAAAGAAACGAAAAUCUGGGCAAAAACUUGAUAGCUCUGGCAAGGAGAGCAAACUUGUGAAGAGGCAGAAAAGGGAAGAUAAUGACUCUGAUGCAGAUGGAAGCUUAUCUGAAGAUGGCCAAUCUCAAUCAUCUCUUGAAAAAUCAUCACAGAGACAAGACAAGUCAACUCCUGGAUAUGGGAAAAAGGUAGAGAAUCUGAAAUCCAUAAUCAGAGCUUGUGGAAUGAGCGUUGCUCCUUCAAUAUACAAGAAGGCUAAGCAAGUACCAGACCACAAAAGGGAAGCCUUUAUAGUCAAGGAGUUAGAAGAGAUUCUUUCAAGAGAAGGGCUGUCCAAAAACCCCACUGAGAAAGAAAUAAAGAACUGUAGAAAGAGAAAGGAAACAGCCAGAGAACUUGAAGGUAUUGACAUGAGCAACAUUAUUUCAAGUUCACGCCGAAGAUCAUCCUUCAGUUUUGCAAUGCCUGUGAAGCCUGAAAUUCCUACCAAAAAAGACAAGGUUGGUACCAAGAUAAACAAAAAAAAUGACAGCAGCGAAAAAACUCACAUCGAUGGAAGUGAAGAUGAGGACAAAGAGGAGGAGAAGAAAGAAGUUAAGAAAGUAGAACAUGAAAAAGAGAAAGAGGAGCCUAAAGACGAGAAAGAGGAGAAAGAAGGGGAAGGUGAUGAUGACGAAGAAGAAGUUGAAGACGACGACAAUGAUGGGGAGGAGGAUGAGGAAGAAGAGGAAGAGGACGAAGAAAGCGAGGGAUUCGAUGAAGAUGACAAUGAUGAUAGUGACUAAACUCUGCGUAGCAGGUAAAACAACGACUCUACCUAUUCUUGGAGUUGUAUAAUCACAUCGAAGUGGUCAGGUACCAUUAGCUUCCAUAUAUACCUUACCCAUCCCAUUCAUAUAUUGGGGUAUUUAAUUUCUAUGGAGAUCACACCCAAAACUUACUAUAGGACUAGUUAUUUUACUACAGUGAUUUCCGGGAACUAAUUGGUUUACAUAGCAUAAUUUUGUGUCGAUAUUACAUGCCUUGCGCCUGUCCUAGUAUCUAGGCUUUAAACGAUGACUGUGUAUUGACAUUGGUAUUGUGUGUAGCUGUGGUUUUGUACUUUUGUAUUAUUCAUUCAUC